UCACAACGAACUUUGUCUAUUAUUAUUUUUUGUAUAUUUUUUUAAUUAAUUUCAAAUUUUGCAAUAAGUAAAAACAAAAAUGAAGAUUCCAUACAUCAUCAACAAAAAUACAGUUGUUGUUUACACACCUUCCAAGAAUAGUUUACAGUUGGUCGGUGAAAAUAUAAGAAAGCUAGUUGCCGAAAAUUUUGAAUGGGAUAAAGACCAUUGCCCAUCGUUGAAGGAGUACUGUAUCAAUGCUAUUGGGAAGAAUUUUGAGAACAAACCAAUUUUGGAUGAAUUGCCUUGUUCUGAUAGAGUGUAUCUUCUUGAUAUAUUACCGAUUAAGCUUCCUUUGGAACUAAUGAUUCCGUUAAUCGAUGAGCUACAGAUACCCGGCGCACUAUUGCAGAACCCUGUAUAGACGCUCGGUUGGUACUGACCAAACGUGACAAAAUUAGCCAAACUAUGUCACAAAAAGUAGCACAAAAUAUAGUGACCUGUUGACCAGUUUCUUAUGCCCGUCAGUAUGAAUUUUAGUUUUCUAAUAAAAUAAGACCCUCUAAUUUGCAGAUUUCA